GGUACUCCAGCGAAUCCCCUUCCAUAUAUAAUGGCUCUCAGCUAGGGUUUUUGAAACCCUUAGCAGCGAGCAACCGAGAGAGAGGAGAGCCUCUUUUACGAAGGAGGAGAUUUCCAGUCCAGAAAAGUAACAAGAUGGCUAGAGGACUGAAGAAACACUUGAAGAGGCUCAAUGCCCCAAAGCAUUGGAUGCUUGACAAACUUGGUGGUGCAUUUGCCCCCAAGCCAUCAUCUGGCCCUCACAAAGCUAGGGAAUGCUUGCCUCUAAUUCUCAUCCUACGAAACAAACUGAAAUACGCACUUACGUACCGUGAGGUCAUAUCAAUUUUGAUGCAAAGGCAUAUUUUGGUUGAUGGAAAGGUUAGAACUGACAAGACGUAUCCAGCUGGUUUCAUGGAUGUUGUCUCUAUUCCCAAAACAAAUGAGAACUUCCGACUGCUCUAUGACACCAAGGGCCGCUUUCGUCUGCACACAAUCAAGGAUGAAGAGGCAAAGUUCAAGCUUUGCAAGGUCCGGUCUGUGCAAUUUGGACAGAAGGGCAUUCCCUACCUCAACACCUACGAUGGGCGGACCAUCCGCUACCCAGACCCACUCAUUAGGGCCAACGACACCAUCAAGCUUGACCUUGAGACGUACAAGAUUGUUGACUUUAUCAAGUUUGAUGUAGGGAACGUUGUCAUGGUGACGGGUGGUAGGAACAGGGGACGUGUUGGCGUGAUCAAGAACAGGGAGAAGCAUAAGGGCACCUUUGAGACCAUCCACGUUCAGGAUGCCACCGGCCAUGAGUUUGCUACCCGUCUGGGUAAUGUGUUCACCAUUGGCAAGGGGACGAAGCCAUGGGUCUCUCUGCCCAAGGGCAAGGGUAUCAAGCUCUCCAUCAUUGAAGAGGCUAGGAAACGCCUUGCAGCCGCAUCAGCCACCACCGCAUAGGAAAAGCUCUCCAGGUAAUCCAUGUUUUGUCUAGAGGGGCUGGACUUUGUUAUUCGGCAAUGGCUGUUUUGCUUUUUAAUAGUUGAAUUACGAACUCCUUAGGACUUAGAUUCUGCAUGUUUUGAUUGAGAUUCUGCACUAUCUGAUAUGGAAUUUUUGUAGUUUGGUUGUAUUUUUUUUUUCAGCUAUAAGACAUGGUGAAUUUAAGCAAGUUUUAAAUUUACUUUCUUCA